ACCAACAGGCACAUUCACUGGCGUAGUUCAUACGCCAUCGCCACGAAAUUUUGCGGUUGAAGCCAAUCCACAAGCGUUAGCCAUCUCCCCUAUAAUCUCUAUUUGUUGUGUAGGAACGGUAGCCCAGGAACUGCCACAUUCACAUCAUGGCAGAAUUAUUGCUAGACCCUAAUAUUCGAGGAUGGGUGUUCCUUCCGAUAGUUGUCAUCACGUUCCUCGUCGGGAUUAUUCGACAUUAUGUGUCAAUUUUACUCGCGUCACAAAAGAAAGUGGAAAUUCAUCAGGUGCAAGACAGCCAAGUGAUGAUUCGCUCGAGGCUACUCAGAGAAAACGGUCAGUACAUUCCGAAAUCAGCGUUUCUUGUCAGACGUCACUUCUUCAAUAACGAAGAGACUGGGUACUUCAAGACACAGAAACGUGCACCAGUGUCACAGAAUCCCAUGACGGACCCGAGUAUGAUGACAGACAUGCUCAAGGGAAACGUCACCAAUGUUUUGCCAAUGGUUCUCAUCGGAGGGUGGAUCAACUGGAUGUUCUCUGGUUUCGUUACGACCAAGGUACCUUUUCCCUUGACUCUCCGGUUCAAACCCAUGCUCCAACGAGGCGUGGAACUGCAAACCCUGGACGCAGCCUGGGUAUCAUCAGCCUCCUGGUACUUCCUCAACGUUUUCGGUCUCAGGUCGAUCUAUACCCUAGUCCUGGGUGAGAACAACGCAGCUGAUACCUCACGCCUGCUUCAAGACCAGGUCUCCGGUGCUGCCAUGUCAAUGCCACCAGACCCCAAAGCCGCCUUCAAAGCCGAAUGGGAAGCUCUAGAAAUAUGCGAGCACAACUGGGCGUUGACUGGUGUUGAUCUUGAGUUGUCUGGCAUUCAGGCUAGAGGGGAAUUUAGCGAAAAUCUUUAUCACCAAAGUAAAGUGAACUGACCCAAUUAGUUCCAGUAAUGUUAUCACAAUUCAAUAAUAAUCCUCAAUUAAUUUUAUUUGAUUCUCGUUAGUGAAAACGAUGGUUUUAUUCUAUUUAUCGUAAGUUCAUCAGCUCCAGGGCUCCAUGGUGAUUGCAAAUUUAUUCUACAAUAAUUUUCAUCGAACAGAUUUCUACAAAGAAUUUCUAACAAAUUUAGAUCAAUUCCGGUAAUAGCAAUGCCUAUUUCUGCACACUGUGCAAUAACUGGGCCCAAGAGGUCAACAGUCUGAGGAAUAGAACAUCAAUGUGCAAAGAUGUGAAUGUUUAUUGUAUAAAUGUGAAUAAUAACUAGUGAUGAUUGAA